AAGGCCCCCAGCCCCACAACCGACAAAGGCGGAAAAAUCCCCAGCCCUGCUCGGCAAAAGUAAGAAAUUUCCGCCGCAACUCACCUCUAAAUAAAUCUCUAAUCCCAGAAGAAACCCCAUUAAAGAAAGGAAAAAGGCCACAAAACCCCAUUCUCCGGACUCCAGUAAUGGGAGAAGAUCACCACGAAGCCCUCAAAACAGAACCCUAUUACUGGGGAACCACUCCGGAGGACGAGUACUUCGACCUCCAUGGCAUCAAAUCAACCAAAUCUUUUUACACUUCGCCCAGAGGCGUCACCCUCUUCACCAAAUCAUGGCUACCUCCUAACAACCAUCCACGUGGCGUCAUCUUUAUGGUCCAUGGCUAUGGUAAUGAUAUCAGCUGGACUUUUCAGGCAACCACAAUCUUCCUUGCCCAAAAUGGUUAUGCCUGUUUCGCCGUAGACCUUGAAGGCCAUGGCAAAUCUCAGGGCCUCAAGGCCUAUGUCCCAAAUGUUGACCUUGUUGUCGAUGAUUGCCUCUCACUCUUCAACUUCAUAUUGUCCCAAAAUCCCACCUUUCAAAACCUCCCCAAAUUCUUGUAUGGUGAGUCAAUGGGCGGAGCAAUUUGUUUGUUGAUUCAUUUCAAGAUCCCAACUUUGUUCAACGGUGCAAUCUUGAUUGCACCCAUGUGCAAGAUUUCUGAAAAAGUUAGGCCUAGAUGGCCUAUUCCUGAAAUCUUGACAAUUGUGGCAAGAUUUGCACCAACUUUACCUAUUGUGCCGACAGCUGAUUUAAUAGAGAAGUCUGUCAAAGUCCCAGAAAAGAAAAUUACUGCAGUAUCAAAUCCAUCAAGAUACAAUGGGAAACCAAGAUUAGGGACUGUUCUUGAGCUUUUGAGGGUUACAGCUUACAUUAAUGGUAGAUUAUCUGAUGUUAAUCUUCCAUUUCUUGUGUUGCAUGGCAGUGCUGAUGUUGUUACUGAUCCACAAGUGAGUAUGGAAUUGUAUGAAUUGGCUAACAGCAAGGACAAGACUAUCAAGAUCUAUGACGGGAUGCUGCAUUCCUUGUUGUAUGGGGAACCUGAUGAGAAUAUUGAAAUUGUAAGAGGAGAUAUCUUAAAAUGGUUGAACAAUAGAUCAUAGAUGCUGAGACAGGAAUGUAAAGUUCAUUGUUACCAUAUUGAGAUGAAUUGAUUCAUUUACUGUUUAUGAGUCCAAAUGGAUGAUUGUACUUUUAUGCAUAGCUAUGGCUAUGAAGUGCAGUGAAAUUUUAGUGCAAUCCAUGAUAGAAUUUUGUCA